UCGAUCGACUCACCCCAAAUUUCACUUGAGAAAGUUAAUUGGAUUUUCACGACAAUUUAUCGUUUUUCCAAGAAACGUUGCCGGAUAGCGAUCGCUCCUCCGAUUUUGAUUGCUUUCUUGAAGAUGAUGACUCUAAAGAUGGUGAAAUUGAGGAGAACGAGUUGACAAACCCCUGCCCUAUCCACGAUACUCGCCCCAUUUGGCCUAGCUUGAAUCCGUCGAGUUUGGGUGCGAUGGGGUUGGAAGAUUGCAAGGCUUCUGAGGGUUCUUCGUAGAUUGAUUGGUCUUCUCCUACAGGUUUUGCCCAGAGCAUUGCGGAUGAAGCAGCCAAAUGAAAGCCUUUAUGACCAGAAGCCUGAAGAACCACCCGUUCUAGUUCCAUCAUCGGACUCCGCCAAUAGCACGCCCAAAUCCUUUGCAACUCGCUUUCAGUACAUAGACAAUCCGCAACCAGCAGAUAAUAGUUCUGGAGGCGCACGUGUUCAUAGCCGUGUAUCACCGCUAAAAUCUUCCAAUUUGUUUGCUGAAUAUGAGAUGGAUAGUUGUUUGUCAAAGGAGACUAGCUCAACUAUGCCCAAAGUUCAAGCAAGCAUUGAACGUGUGUGUGUAUAUAUAUAUGUAUGUGUCUACACACACACACACACCCCGAAGUGCUUGUGUUCUCGAGAAACAUUAAUUCUUGUUUGUGAUAAUAAAACCAUCUAUCAAGUUGUGAACACAGUGAAAUUUGAGAAUAUGAAUUUGAAAGAAGGAAGUAGUGUUAGCAUACAGGUGUUUGAAUAGUUAGAGCCUUGUAGUUCUUGGACUAAUUUUAGUAACAUUAAUUAGUUAUU